AUGGCUACUUUCUCUCUCCACACCUGCACAGUCAAGCAAUCUCGUAUGGUGACUAACAGACUCCACAUGUUCUUCCACCUCACAGCCAUAUUAGCCCUACUCUACUACAGAUUCUCUCACCUCUUUCAUGGCGAUGUGCCAGUUUUUGCAUGGGGCCUUAUUACCAUUUCUGAGCUAAUCUUCACUUUCCUAUGGCUCCUCACACAACCAUUCCGGUGGCGACCAGUAGUUUGGUCGGUUGACCCGGAAAAGCUCCCCAGCCACGAGGAUUUUCCAGCGAUAGACGUGCUUAUAUGCACCGCCGACCCUCAGAAGGAACCAGUGAUCGAGGUGAUGAAUACAGUAUUGUCAGCCAUGGCGCUCGACUACCCGCCGGAAAAGAUGGCGGUGUAUCUUUCCGACGACGGCGGUGCUGCCGUGACACUGUAUGCCAUGAAAGAAACAUGUUCCUUCGCAAGGGUUUGGCUUCCAUUUUGUAGAAAAUAUGGAAUCAAGACUAGGUCGCCUGAAGCAUAUUUUUCAUCAUUUGGUGACGAUGAUCGUCUUCUUCGGAGCGAUGAUUUCAAUAGAGAGGAAGAAAAGAUCAAGUCGACUUAUCAAAUUUUCAAGAGAAGUGUGGAGAAUUGCGGGUUGGAUGAUUCUGUUGUGCACGAUCGGCCCCCUUAUAUUGAGUCGACUUAUCAAAUUUUCAAGAGAAGUGUGGAGAAUUGCGGGUUUGAUGAUUCUGUUGUGCACGAUCGGCCCCCUUAUAUUGAGGUUAUACAUGAUACUAAUAAGCAUGAAGUGAAUGAAGAUAGCCACACUAAGAUGCCUUUGCUCGUAUAUGUAUCUCGUGAGAAAAGACCAUUCCACUCUCAUCGUUUCAAGGCUGGCGCCCUAAAUGCUCUUCUUCGAGUUUCCGGAAUAAUGAGCAAUGCCCCCUACAUACUAGUCCUAGAUUGCGACAUGUAUUGCAAUGACCCUACUUCAGCUCGACAAGCAAUGUGUUUCCAUCUUGAUCCAAAGAUGUCUCCUUUACUGUCUUAUGUACAGUACCCCCAGAUUUUCUACAAUGUUAGUAAGAACGAUAUCUAUGAUGGCCAAUCAAGAUCAGCUUACAAGACAAAAUAUCAAGGUAUGGAUGGGCUAGGAGGCACAGUGUGUGCAGGCACGGGUUAUUAUAUGAAGAAAAAGACAUUAUAUUGUAGUCCUAAUCAUGAAGAUGCGUUUCUUUGCGAGUCACAAAAGUAUUUUGGUUCAUCGAACAAGUUCAUUGAUUCAAUAAAGGUUAGUAAUGAACAAGAUAUCAGAGGAAGUGGAAUUAUAUCAGAUGAAGUUUUAGAAGAGGCAAGAACUCUAGCUACGUGCACGUUUGAAGAGAACACGAAAUGGGGUAAAGAGAUUGGUUAUUCUUAUCAAUGUCUAUUGGAGAGUACAUUCACAGGGUAUCUUUUGCACUGCAAAGGGUGGCGAUCGGUGUAUCUUUACCCAAAAAGGCCAUGUUUCUUGGGUUGCACCACCAUUGACAUGAAAGACGCCGCGGUUCAGCUCAUGAAAUGGUCCUCUGAAUUGAUCCUAGUUGGUUUCUCAAGGUUUAGCCCCCUAACAUAUGGGAUCUCAAGAAUGCCCAUUCUCAAAAGCUUGUGCUAUGCAUAUUUCACAUAUAGCCAUCUUUUCUCUGUGGCAUGCCUCUUAUAUGGAACCAUUCCUCAGUUGUGUUUUUUGAUUGGCAUCCCUAUGUACCCCAAGGUCUCAAACCCAUGGUUUGCAGUGUUUGGAACUGUGUAUGUAUCAUCUCUUUUCCAGCAUUUGUAUGAAGUCCUCUCCAGUGGCGGUUCAAUUCGGACAUGGUGGAAUGAACAGAGAAUGUGGAUGAUAAGAACAGUUACAGCAUGCUUGUUUGGAUGCCUUGAUGCCCUUUUGAAGCGGAUCGGCAUAGUGAAAUCAAGGUUCAGAUUGACAAAUAAAGCCAUUGAUCAAGGAAAACUCGAAAAAUACGAGAAGGGUAAGUUUGAUUUCCAAGGAGCCAAGAUGUUCAUGAUCCCCUUAACAUUUUUGGUCAUAUUGAAUAUGGUUUGCUUCAUCGUCGGAUCGAAAAGGAUGAUUACUGAGGGAAACAGUGAAGACAUGUUUGGACAGUUUUUUCUCUCUUCCUUCAUUUUAGUUCUCAGUUAUCCAAUAGUAGAAGGGCUAAUACCAAAGAAAAGCAAGUGA